UCACCAUCGCAGCCGCCGCCGCCACCAUGGCGCCGCCGGCGAACUCCGACGAGCUCGCGCGCUCUAGGAAGGCGGAGAAGUCUAGGUACAGGGAGGAGAGGGAGCGCAAGAAGGGUAAGCAUGAGCGUCCUGCCGCAACCGGCGAUGCGCGGGAGGGGAAGGGCAAGAAGCGGAAGGAGAAGGAGAAGGACGGGAAGGUGGAGGAGGAGGAGGGGGAGCACGGUAAGAGGAGGCCCAAGGAGAGGAAGGGCGACGGUGAGGCUGUGGUGGUCGAGGCGGGCGGCGAGGAGACGAGGCGAGGGGACGACAAGGUGCGGCGGGCGAUGGAGGACGAGCGGUUCGCGGCGGCGCGGACCGACCCGAGGUUCCGGCCGAUGCGGCGGAAGGAGGCGAAGGUGGAGCUCGACUCGAGGUUCACCAGCAUGCUGACGGACCCGCGGUUCUCAUCCUCCGCGGCGCCGGUGGACAAGCACGGCAGGCGGCGCAAGAAGGGCGAGAACCCCAUGGUGCAGUACUAUCUCAACCAGGAGGAAGAGGAGGUGGAAAAGGAGAAGGCGAAGGCGAAGCUGAUUGAAGAAGAUGAAGAAGAGGAGGCGGAAGAAGAGCUGCAAGACAAAGAAGAGAGCUCUAGUAGCGACGAUGACGAGGAGGACGAGGAAGAAGAUGACGACGAGUACUCUGUUGGCAGUGAUGUGGCGCAUUAUUUGAUGGGCAGGCAUGAUGAUACACCUAUGAUUGACAAGGAAACCCAUAGGCUUGCUGUCGUUAAUAUGGACUGGGAUCAUAUUAAGGCAGUUGACCUGUAUAUGGUGAUGACAUCUUGCCUCCCAAAAGGUGGGCGAGUCUCAUCAGUGUCAAUCUAUCCAUCAGAAUUUGGACUUAAAUGCAUGAAAAUUGAGUCAACCAAGGGCCCAGCUGCCCUUGUUGAUGCCAAUGGUAAUGAUGGUGAAAACAGCGACGAUAAUGACGACAAUGAAGAAGAAGAAGAAGAUAGUAGUGAUACUGAACAUGAUUCUGAGGCUGAAAAUAACAAGCUACGUAGUUAUGAGCUAAACAGACUGAGGUAUUACUAUGCGGUUGUCGUGUGUGAUUCCAGUGCAACUGCAAAUCACCUGUACAUGAAUCUUGAUGGUACAGAAUUAUUGAAAACAUCAAAUGUAUUUGAUUUGCAGUUUAUUCCUGACUCUAUGGAAUUUAAACAUCCUGCCCGUGAUGUUGCUACAGAGGCACCUCCAAAUUACAAGGAGCCUAAUUUUGAAACUCGUGCUUUGCAACAUAGCAGAGUUAAGCUUACUUGGGAUGAUGAUGAACCAGAACGCAAGAAGGUCUUGAGGCGAAAAUUCAAUGAUGAUCAGUUAGAUGAUCUUGAUAUGUAUUUAGCAAGUGAUUACAGUGCAUCAGAUGAUGAAGGUGCAGACAAUCAUGGUGAUGAAUCUCUACAAAAUGGAAGCAAAAGAAAGUUAACAAGGGAGGAGAGGCUAGCUCUUUUGCUAGGAGGAGACAAGUCUGAGGAGGAACAAACUGAGGGGGAGGAUAUGGAGAUAACAUUCAACACAGAGCUUGACGGCCUAGGUAAGCGUAUACUUGAUAGAAAGAUCAGCAAUGAGAAGACUGUCUGGGAGAAGCACCAAGAGAAAAUGAAGGAGAAAAGGAAAGCUAGGAAGAAAAUGUCAAAGGAUGAUGAUGGCUAUAGCAGUGAAGGUGGCUCUGAUGAACAUGAUGAUUUCUUUGAUGAGGAAAUGUCUGAUGAUGAAAUUAGGACAGAGAAGAAACAGAAGGCAAAGGCCAAACAUAAAGCAAAACGGAAAGGAAAGGACAAGCUCCCAGAGAAACAUUUGGAGGAUGAAGCCACCAGAGAAGAGUUGGAGCUCUUGGUCGCUACUGACAAGGAUGCAGCCAAGAGUGCAAAGGGCUAUAAUUUGAAACGCAAGAAGGGUAAAAAGGGCAAGAAGGGUAAAGAGCAAUCUGUUGAGGAUGAACUCCCUGAAAUAGAUCUUAGCAAAGAUGAGAGGUUCUCAGCCAUGUUCACUUCUCAUUUGUUCGCGUUGGAUCCAACUGAUCCCCAGUACAAAAGGAGUGCGGCCUUUAUGUGCAAGCAAGCUGGGAGGAAGGGAACACAGGAACCAUCUCCGAGAGGUAGAGAUGCAUUGCCACCUGAUGAUGUGCCUACCGAUACUGACCAGAGACCUGAUGGCACAUCCACGGAGAAGCUGGAUACGAUAUCUGCAGUCACGUCACUAAAAAGGAAGCUUACUGCAUUCAAAAACACUAGCACGAGUGACUGAUAGAGAUGAGGUUUGCUUUACACUGAUGCACGAGUUGCUUCCUUUGGAAUUACAGCAUGUAAUUGCAAAACACUAGCACGAGUGACGAUUUUGUAUCCUUGAAUUCUCGAUGUGUUGAGAAGUUCUUGCUUGAUUUUUUUGGUUUUCUAUUACAUGUUGACCGUGGCAAACUAAUCUUCGAAACCAUUUUCAGGUUUCAGCAUCAAACAAGUAGGCAGGAAUCAGGGCACACGGUUUUUGCAUCUUAUGGAAUGUUGAAAUGUGUGUUCCUAUGAUCAAUUGCAUGUGUUGAAAGGCUUGAUGCUGUGUGCUCAGCGGAUUCUCAAGCCAACCCAGCGAGAAAAACUACUGUCUAUAGUUUUGAGUUACGUGUUAAGAACGUGACAGGCAAGCCUGGUGUCAAAUAUGAAACUGAAGUAUGAAGAGAAUAGCGAUCUUGGCAUUGGUUGCUAUCGUGUCUUUUUUGAACUCUUCUUUUAUGACAAUGGGAUAAAAUUCUGGCCACUGAAUGGGAUUGCAGUUAAGAAAUUCGUAAGGUGUUCUAGCACCUGAGUGGGUAAAGAGGUUCUAGAUGGCCAUUAAGCAAGAGACCACAUAACUUUCUACGACAAAUAAGAAACUGAUAAUCAUUC